UACUCUCCCUCGCCCUUCUCUUGCCAGUAGUAGCCAUGGCGGCCAUGAGUUUAUUGCAGCGGGCUUCAGUCACUGCGAUAGCGGCUCUGUCCGGUCGCCGCCUUGGCACUCAACUUGGAUUUGGGGGCUUCCUCACCCGUGGCUUUCCGAAGACUGUCGCUCCUGUGCGACACAGUGGAGACCAUGGGAAAAGACUAUUUAUCAUCAAGCCCUCUGGAUUCUAUGACUGGCGUUUUUUGAAAUUAAUGAGAUUCUACAUUUUGUUGACUGGGAUUCCAGUAGCGAUUGGCAUAACUCUGGUGAAUGUAUUCAUUGGUGAAGCUGAGUUAGCAGAAAUUCCAGAAGGCUAUACCCCAGAACACUGGGAAUAUUUCAAGCAUCCUAUAUCAAGAUGGAUUGCUCGAACUUUCUUUGAUAGUCCUGAAAAGAAUUAUGAAAAAACAAUGGCUAUCCUUCAGAUUGAAGCUGAAAAGGCUGAAUUACGGUUAAAGGAGUUGGAAGUACGAAGAUUAAUGCGUGCAAGAGGUGAUGGGCCCUGGUAUCAAUAUCCAACUGUUGAUAAGGCACUUAUUGAUCAUUCUCCAAAAGCAACUCCUGACAACUAAUCUUUUAUUUCUUUAAAUACAAAGUAUAUUCUAUUUAGGGAGAAAUAAAUUACUGAAUAUA